AUGUUCGCUGCUCGUCGUCUUGCUCGUGUCCCUGGGGUCAUUCCCCAGAGAGCGCUCUUCCACAGCACUGCGCCCGCCUUCGUGAAGAAGGGCGAUGCCAUCCCCGACCUCGAAGUCCUGGUCGAGAACUCGCCUGGUAACAAGGUGAACCUCGCCAAAGAACUCAAGGGGAAGGGAAUCAUUCUCGGUGUCCCUGCUGCUUUUAGCCCGGCUUGCUCCAGCUCCCAUGUCCCCGGAUACAUCAACCACCCCAAGCUCAAGGAAGCGGGCCAAGUCUUUGUGGUCUCCGUCAAUGACCCCUUCGUGACCAAGGCGUGGGGCGUCUCUCUGGACCCCAACGGCAAGAGCGGCAUUCGCUUCCUGGGCGACCCGACCGGCAAGUUCUCCGAGGCGCUGGAUGUGACCUUCGACAGCACUUCGAUCUUCGGCAACCAUCGGGGCAAGCGCUAUGCGCUAGUUGUUGAGGAUGGCAAGGUCAAGGAGGCGUUCAUUGAGCCAGACAACACUGGCGUCGAUGUCUCGGCGGCCGAGAAGGUCUUGGGUUGA